CCUUGGAAAUUGGAAUCUUAUGUAAACGACAUCGUAUUCCAAAAUUUCAACUCAAGGGAUCCUUUGCGUCGGCAAGGAGGUCUCUGUCCCCCGGAAGUAUCGGGGCAGAGUAAUUACGAAAACAGUCAAACCUCAAAGGCUUCUUUCUUUUCUUUUCAUAUUUUUGCUUUUAAUCGGAAAUAAGAAAUUUUUAUUUGGUUUCGUUUCAAGAGUGAUACAGUUUUGUGAUAGUUUCAAGAGAAUGGAAAUAUCUUCAGGCGCUAGUGGUUCCUGCUCUAAAGAACAAAAAACCAUGUAUCAAGAGUGGUUUCAUUAUGCCGAUUCAGAUGGUGAUGGUCGAAUUACUGGUAAUGAUGCUACCAAAUUCUUUUCAUUGUCAAAAUUAUCUCGCCAGGAUCUCAAGCCGGUAUGGGCCAUUGCAGAUUCAAAGCGACAGGGAUAUCUUGGCUUCAUCGAGUUCAUCAUUGCUAUGCAGUUAGUUUCUCUGGCGCAAUCUGGGCGUGAAAUAACAAAUGAUAUCCUCAAUAGCGAUGUUGACUUUCAAAGUCUUAAACCUCCGUCCAUGGAAGGUUUGGAUGCGUUAUUGGCGAAGAAAAGGCGUUCUUUGAAAUCAAAUGAUAAUGAAGCAAAUGGUACUCCGACAGUGCAAUCAACACCUUCGGCAAAUUGGUUUUCUUCAAAACCAUCAAGAAAGGCAUCGCUGUCCUCUGUUACAUCAAUAAUUGACGGCUUGAAGAGACUGUACAUUCAGAAGCUGAAGCCAUUAGAAGUUACUUAUCGUUUUAAUGAUUUUGUAUCUCCAGCCUUGACAAAUAGUGAUUUUGAUGCCAAACCUAUGGUUAUGCUUUUGGGUCAAUACUCAACUGGAAAAACUACAUUCAUUAAGCAUUUACUUAGAAGCAGUUAUCCAGGAGCUCAUAUUGGACCUGAGCCUACAACGGACAGAUUUGUUGUUGUAAUGUCUGGAACUGAUGAAAGAAGUGUUCCAGGCAACACAAUUGCAGUUCAAGCUGAUAUGCCAUUCAGUGGACUCACAACUUUUGGAACUGCAUUUUUGUCAAAAUUUGAAUGUUCUCAAAUGCCACAUUCUCUGCUGGACCAUAUUACAUUUGUGGACACACCUGGAGUUUUAUCAGGAGAAAAACAACGGACACAACGAGCUUAUGAUUUUACAGGUGUAACAUCAUGGUUUGCUGCAAAAUGUGACCUCAUUCUCCUUCUGUUUGAUCCUCACAAACUUGAUGUCAGUGAUGAGUUCAAGCGUGUUAUUUCAUCUUUACACGGUCAUGAUGACAAAAUUCGUGUUGUUCUCAACAAGGCAGAUCAAGUGGAUACUCAGCAACUUAUGAGAGUCUAUGGAGCUUUAAUGUGGUCACUUGGGAAAGUUCUCAAUACUCCAGAAGUUAUGCGUGUCUAUAUUGGCUCAUUCAAUGACAAACCAGUAAAUGAAGCUGCUGUUGGUCCAAUUGGGAAAGAACUUUUCGAGAAAGAACAGGAGGACCUUCUUUCUGAUCUAAAAAAUAUACCAAAAAAGGCUUGUGAUCGUCGGAUAAAUGAAUUCGUGAAACGUGCUAGAGCUGCCAAGAUACAUGCUUACAUUAUUAGCCAUCUUAAAAAGGAGAUGCCCGCAAUGAUGGGCAAAGCAAAGGCUCAACAGAGACUUCUUGAUAAUUUGGCAGAGGAGUUUGGAAAGGUCCAAAGGGAGUUCCAUUUACCUGCAGGUGAUUUCCCAAACGUGGAGCAAUUCAGGGAGGUUCUGAGUGGUUACAACUUCGACAGGUUCGAGAAAUUAAAGCCUAAAAUGAUACAAGCUGUGGAUGACAUGCUAGGUUAUGACAUCCCAGACCUGUUAAAAAACUUCAGAAACCCAUACGAUUAAAGCAGUCAUAGGAAUCCCAUUUGGAUAGAGGGUGUGAGCUUCUCUGUCUAGGUAAGCUUUCUGCUCAUUAAUUGUUGACAUUUACAGCAUGGCUGAUUCGAAUGUAUUAAACUAUGUAUAAAGUAAUGCAAUGGCUUCUUAAAUUGGAAAGAAAGAAAAGGUUAAUCAUUAA